UUCAUAACUCUUGAUAGAAGAAGCAGGAACCCAAAUCCUUUUAGGGUAUUUACUAUCUCAAUAUGCUCACUUAAAUGAGAUAUAAAUGAAUCAAAACGGGAGGUUACACCUCGGGAGGUUCUCUCGUAAGUCCGUAACAUUUGGCUUUGUUGUAUCUUUAAUAAAACGUCAUCGGUAGAGAUUUGCAUUUUUGAAGGAGUGAAUAAAAGAAUAGUGAAGAUAUGUGUUCUACAAUAGGUAGAAUAAAACAAUCUUCUUGCAACUAACAAAAGCAACUACAUUGUGUUUUACAUUUUAAACGCACAUAAAUUGUGCUAACAGCUUUUCUGUACAGUUUGUAUAAUGCCUUAAUCAUUCAUUUCGAGAAUAUGUUUUCACUCUAUCAAAAUUAGUAAAUGCAACUUCAGUAACUCGAUAUUUUAUUGUGACUUUUUUUCUUUUAUGUAUUACACAACUUGUUCUAUGUGUCCAUCUUUUCUUUAUUUGUGAAUGCUAACCUGAAAUCAGAAGAAACGAUAGAAAUAAAGAGUGUACGUGCAUCUAUGUCGUACAUAACAUCUGUAUUACAUUGUACAAGAAAAGAAUUUUGAAAAAAAAGCGAAUCAUACUGUAAAACAUUUCAAUUUCUAUAUCUACCCUUUGAUUUAAUUGAUUAUUAGUAAAUUUUAUUUAUUGAUUAAAUAAGUUAUUCGAUUUUUCUUUUAGGAGAAGUGAAACAAUCUUUACUAGAUGGUGAUAUUAUCAACUAUGAUUUAGUUUGUUUUGCAUUUCUUAUUUAUAAUUUUAUAAAAAUUAUUUUUUUGUUUUUGUUUUAACCUUCGAUUUAGGAUCGUGGUUAUACAAGACAUCUUAUUGAUGAUGUACAUAAUAUUUGUGUUAAAUUAGAUGGACCAUCAAUAAUAAAUCAUAUGAAAUUACUUUUAUGGGAUAAAGAUACUCGAGCUUAUUCGUAUUAUAUUGAAGUAUCAGUUGAUAAUAUAACUUGGACACGUAUUAUUGAUUAUCGUUUAUAUUUAUGUCGUUCAUGGCAAAAAUUAUAUUUUCCUCCUAUUGUAGCAAGUUUUAUUCGAAUUGUUGGAACGCAUAAUACUGUAAAUAAAGUUUUUCAUCUUGUUUCAAUGGAAGCUUAUUAUACACAAAAAUCAUUUGCACUUAUUAAAGAUAUUCAAGUUCCAAUAGAAAAUAUUGCAAGUAUUGAAGGUAGUGCUGUUGUAUCGGAAGGUGUUAGUCGUGUAAGAAAUGCACUUAUUAAUGGAGAUUAUCAAUCAUAUGAUUGGGAUACAGGUUAUACAUGUCAUCAAAUUGGUUCAGGUGGAAUUGUUAUACAAUUAUGUCAACCAUAUAUUGUCAGUUCAAUGAGGUUAUUAUUAUGGGAUUGUGAUAAUCGCUCAUAUUCGUAUUAUAUUGAAACAUCAUAUGAUAAUGUAACAUGGUCAAAAGUUGUCGAUAAACGAAAUGUUGCUUGCCGAUCAUGGCAGAUUUUAACAUUUUCACCUCGUAUUGUCGUCUUUAUACGUAUAUGUGGUACACAUAAUACCGCUAAUGAAGUAUUUCAUUGUGUUCAUUUUGAAUGUCCAUGUAAACCUGAUGUACUUAAAUUAUAUAUGAAUGAACAACAUUUAAAUUUAGUGACCGAUUUCAAAGAAGAAAACAGUAUAACAUGUGAAGAGUUUUAUAAACAUUAUGAACUUCUAAUUGAUACAAUAAAUAAUAAUAAUCCAUCAUCGACAUUCGAUAAGAAUUCUUUGAUAGAAACACAUACAAUUUUACCAUUUAUGAUUAAAUCUAAUUCAACAGAAAUAUUUCAUAUUGAACAAGAAGAUAAUGAUCAAAAUUCUAAUCAACAUUAA